UACACUGGGGCAAAGGGGAGGAACAUAUUGAAUUCUGGACUCCGUCUGAAUUUCUCCAGUGUCCACAAAAUUUUCGACACGGUUCCUCAAAAAUUUUCUUUGAAGGCAUCAAGCAUGCAUUGGAUAAUUCCAAACCAGGCGGCCCCCCUGGCAGGCUUACCCGAGCCUUGCGACGAAGUUGAUUCUGUCAUGGCUGUCAUUCAUGGAUUUUUAGCUGCACUGAGGACCAAAAAUCCUGUUGACUUCGAGAAAUACUGUGUUCGGGCAGGAGGAAUGUCUGUUUGGCCACCAUCCCCCACCCUUCCUCGCUUUUGUACUAUUGGAGCUUUCGUGGAGCAAGUGACGCGGAUUCAGGACGAAAUCGACGAGCGCAUCUGGGAUCCAGAGGUGAAGGUAUACUCGCCUGGAAACAUGGCUGCAGUAUGGGCACCUUUUCGGGCAAAGGUCAAUGGGGUCGUGCAUCAUGUGGGCGUUGAGCUUUUCAUUCUUCAUAAAGUCAACGGUGUAUGGAAAGUGACAGGGCUGGCGGAUUCAUGUCGGCAGCCAACGGAGGAAGAAAAGAUGUUGUUGCCAUAGUGGCCAGGAGUGAAAGAUGCCUGAAUGACGGAAAUGGGGAGUUUGGGCCUUUGGAGGAGCGGGA